AUACAGGCCUGGAAACAAGAACACAAAUGGAAACCCAGCUUAACGUCAAAGCAGCAAGAGAAUAAUUGCAAGCACUAAAGUGAAUAUUCUGAGGGCAAAUCCUCGUACCCGUUCCUUCAGUGCUCUGAUCUCUGAGUAUCUUACAUGCACGGCCCGAUGUCGUGGAGUAACUUCACCAAAGUGGAGGUGGCACAACCACAAACAUCUUCUGGUUCAAUUAAAGCUCAGAUUGAGAUUAUACCAUGUAAAGUCUGCGGAGACAAGUCUUCUGGGGUCCAUUAUGGUGUGAUAACAUGUGAAGGCUGCAAGGGUUUCUUUAGAAGGAGUCAGUCAAGUGUGGUGAAUUACCAAUGUCCUAGGCAAAAGAACUGCGUUGUAGACAGGGUUAAUCGAAAUAGAUGCCAGUACUGUAGACUACAAAAAUGUUUAGCUCUAGGAAUGUCAAGGGAUGCUGUUAAGUUUGGAAGAAUGUCCAAGAAACAAAGGGAAAAAGUAGAAGAUGAAGUUAGAUUUCACAGAGCCCAACUAGUCCGUCCUCAGUCUCAACAACAAGGGCAACCAUCCUUACAACAACACCCAGCACCACCACAAACCACAGAGUCCUCACCAGAUAGUUCUGUCUUUGACCAGCAACAGCCGUCCUCAUCCAACCAACAUUUAACCUACAUCAAUGGAGGCUAUGCUUACAAUGGAGACCUCAACACGUACACACCCAAUGGUUAUACUUACACUCCACAAGCCAUGACAUUUGACUUGGCUGGAACAGAUUUUGUAGACAGUACAACAUUUGACCAGUUGCAGCAUUUGGACAACCCUAUACCAGAUACCAAUGGUCUUCUUACAACCACAGUCCCAGCAACCACAAUAUCAAACAAUUCCCAUUUAGAGUUAUUAGCCAAGACUGUUGCUAAUGCACACAACCGUACAUGUUUGUAUACAACCAACCAGAUUAUAGACCUUAUGAGAAAACCACAAGAUGUCUCACUUCUUUUGUAUUAUAAAAAUAUGGCACAAGAUGAACUUUGGUUGGACUGUGCUCAGAGAUUAACAGCAGUUGUUCAACAAAUCAUAGAGUUUGCCAAGAUGGUUCCAGGUUUUAUGAAACUAUCACAAGAGGACCAGAUUGUGUUAUUAAAAGCUGGAAGUUUUGAACUGGUUUUGUUACGCAUGAGUCGAUACUUUGACUUAAAUACAGGCUCUGUUUUGUAUGGAGAGAGUCUUUUACCUGUUGAAGCAUUCAUGACAUCUGACACAAUAGAAAUGAAACUUGUCAGCAGUAGUUUUGAUUUUGCGAAGAGUAUAGCAGAGCUUAAAUUGACAGACACAGAACUAGCUUUGUUUUCCGCAUAUGUGCUGCUCUCCCCAGAUCGUGUUGGGCUUAAAGAAGUGCUGGACAUUCAACGUCUGAAUCAGGCCAUCUUAAAGUCGCUUCGUUUUGAACUGGAGCAUACCCAUAAGCUACCUUAUAAAGGAGAUAUCAGUAUAUUGGACUUUCUUUUGGCCAAGACUCCAAGUCUCAGAGAAAUGAAUAUUCUUCAUAUGGAUGCUCUAGCAAAGUUUCGACAGACAUAUCCUCACCAAGUGUUUCCUGCAUUACACAAAGAGCUGUUCCCAAUUGAUAUUUGACCAUAAUUUUUUAUUUUCUUUUAAACAGCUGCUAUGGCCUAUCUAGUGGAUAUUUAAAUCCUGAACUUUUCUUAUAUCAGAGGCCAGUUAAAAGGAACAGCACUGCUACAGACAUUCAACUAACUGCGUGCUACCAGAGUGAGUCAGACCUGUCAAUAUAACCAUUACACCUCACAAGAGAUUGUUAAGACUGCUCCAGCAUUCCCAAACAUUUGAACUCCUACUGUUGUGUGUACAGCAGAAUUCAAUAAAAUUUGUUAUUGUUGUGUAAAGAAAAAUAAACUAUUGCUAAAUGUGCAAGAGAACUCUGAAGAUAAUCGUGAGGAUGAUAUGAUUUGAAGUUGAAUGGAGAGCUUCUGUUGAUGAAAUGAAAGAUUUUAUGAAGAGAAAAUUUUUAUCAGAUGCUUUUUCUUCUCUGUACUGUUUUAAGUGAAACUGUGAAGCAACAUUAUGAACUCAGCCAAACAUGUACAAACUCCUCACUACAAUGGCAGGGAUUUGUGUUUCCUCCUGUUGUUCCAGUAGAGCAAGUUACUGCCAUCUUAGUUUUUCAUCGGGGGUGACUGGUAGAUCUUAGAAAACACUUUCAGCUCACUUAUUUAUGAUGCACACAUUCAUUAUUGAUGUUGUUUGUAAAUUGUUUUAUAAAGUUUAAUUUGAGUUUUGGAGAUUUACAUUUAAAUCUCAUCUUCAUUAUUAUCAGAUAUUUGUGAGCCCUGCGGAUUUGGUCAGAAGUUUCAAGACAUUCUAGCCACCUAUAAGGGCACAUCUGAUAAAACACCAUAUCUGCUUAAAAAUUAAUAUUGAAUGUUGUUUAAAAGUCCUCAGGGGAUCUCAGUUUUUUUUCUUCAUUUCAGUACUUGUCAAAAUAACAUGCUGUGCUCUUGUAUUCAGUUCCUCAGUAAUGUUAUUUGGUGAAUGCUGUAUUCAGCCUUUCUCAUUAAAUUUGAGAGAGAGAAAAAUGGUUUUGAAAAAGAGAAAUGUUUCUAGGGCACAUGAACACAUUGUAAAAGCUUUCUAGAGUUGCUUGAUUAAAUUUUUCUUUAUCUUGUUUAAGAUGAGAUAAUAAUAAAGAUUCACAAAUUAUCUAUAAUAAUCUAGAAAGAGAAGAACCACCGCCUCACAAGAAAAAAAUGUCUACUUUGCACUAAUGUUAGGAGCAGUUAUAGUAGUUAUAUUUUUAUAGAAAUACCACCUUGCUUUGGAUUUGAAUUCAAAACCUAUCACACACCAGGCAAGUGCUCCAUGAACUGAUUAAAUGGUUAAUCCGCUAGUACUUGAUAGUAAGUCACAACUUAACAGCAUAAACUACUACACUCUUACAAACAAAGACCAUUUUCAGGCCUAAUUUCAAGGUCUUGGGACAACCACUAGUUGGGCACCAAUAUGGUAAUUUUAUUAUAUCCUGAUAAAUAUAUUUCACAGCUCAAAUAUGAAUCCCAUACCUGUCACAUGCCAGGCAAAUGCUCCACUAACUGAGUUAAAGGAGUAAUCCACUAGCACUUGCUAGUAAGUCACUUUCUAACAAUGCAAAUUACUACAGAGUAUUUUUUUCUCAAAAUUUCAAACAGUUAUUAAAAAGAAAGUCAUGUUAACUUUGUAAAGUUUUAAGAGAAUGUGUUUCAUGAGCCUUGACUGUUUUGGAGUACUUUAGUGGAAUAGUUAGCAACUAUUUAUUACAGAUUUCUGGACAAAUACAUUAUAGCAUAGAGUUAGGGAAAUCUUUGACCACUAGUGUGAUAAAUCAAGUUGAAAAUAGGACCUAUUUUUGUAGAGUUUUAAUAAUCAAAUUUUAUGGGGACUUUGUUAUUUGUUGCUGGUGAGAGAGUUCUUAUUGAAGUUAUACACAGGCACCUGUGAUGGUCAUGUCCAAACAUCUGAACAUUGCAGGUGUCUGUGUUUCACAUGUAAAAGUAAAUUUUUAAGUAGUUGUUGUUAGGUAAGAGUCAACACCAACUUUGGCUGGGUGAUAGUAUUGUUAAUGUUAUUUCCAUUACUAAGAACGAACUGCCAUGUUAAUAUAUAUUUUAUGUAACUUCCUUAUUUUUAAUUCAUUUGCCCUGUAUUUGAAUUUUUAACAUUGUUUUUUCAGUUCUCACUAAGUAUUUUAAAUACUUAUAUACAUUGUGUAGUGAAUAUUUUACAUUUGAUAAAAUUUGUCAUACUGUAGCAAAAAUUCCCUGUUUUGGUUUCUUAUUAAACAAAGUUGUUGUUGUUUUCUAUCUAAUACAAUGUUUGAAUGAAACAGAAGAAAACAGAAUGAAGUAAGUACGAUUAGGCAUCAGAAAUGACUGAUGAAGACUAUGAGGAACUGGAGAGUUGAUAUCUUCUAUUGUUACUGUUUAAGCAAAGUAGAAUUCCUAAUUUGUAGACUCUGGAAUUCUGAGAUUGAAAACAUGUAGUUUAAAGUUAAAUUAACAAAAAAAAAGUUUAUUAUGUAAAUACCAUAGUGAGGAAGCCAACUUAUUAAAAGAAUAUAGUAAAACGAACUUACUGUAAAAUACAAGUAAACACAUUGAUAUAAUUCACAAAAUUCAGUUUCCUAUUUUGCUCAUAAAAACAAAAGAACUUCAAGAUGGCAAUGCUUUUAGUCACUUGAAAAAUGUAAAUAAAGUACAAAUUCAUUCUUGGGACUACUUAAAUAAAUGAAAUAUAUGGGAGGUUCCUACAGGGGGCACAGUGGUGCUAAGAAAUGCACUGUACAGAAAUUAGCCAUGUGCCUUUAAAUCAAUAGCACCCAAAGACCUCUGACAUCAUAACUUCUAGUGCCAAUAUAUUAUUUUUUUUUCCUGUAUCUAUAAUACGUAGCUCUGAAAAAGCAAUAGGUGCUAUUUUUUUAGAUUGUUUAUAGUAAAUAGUAGCUUCUUGAAGUAAUAAUUUAAACCACUGAGCCCACUGUUGGAGUUUCCAUUCAGCUAAACCUGAUUAUUGAUGUGCAACUAACAAAAUGUGUUUCAUAACUUAAAACAUAUUUGGGUGAACUUUUUAUGUUUGAUGGUUUGGUCUGUUUUGUCAUUACUAGGGGCUUCAUCAGAAAUGAAAUAUGAA